AAGCUUUGUACACUUCCCUGUUCAUUGUGUAGAGCAUUAUGCCGACCCACGCUAUCCGGCCAAGGACGUAGAUACUUCCGCUUCUACCAUUGUCUUCCCAUAGACCCGUAUGAAGGCCCAACUAGACGCAGGCAGCGGGGAGAGCACGACGAGGGGCUACUUGAAAGCCGAUGGAUCUGAAAUAAGCUGCACGCUAGGUGCUGCCGCCACUCGCAUCUCUCCAGGAACAUCUACUCCAAAGAUUCAGGAGACGGCUUCGUCAAUCUUCCAUGUUAUUGAGGCCUGCGGAACUUCCACGAUUGACGGAAAAGAGUUCAGUUGGAAAAAGUGCGAUGCGUUCUGCAUUCCUUCGUGGCAUGAGUACCAACACCAUGCGGGCGAUGGAGAGACGGUGUACUUGUACAGAGUGCAUGAUAAGCCCAUGCUACAACCACUCGGGUUUUAUCGAUACAAUGGGCAAGAUGUGGAAUCGUUAGUGUCUGAGUAAACUGUUAGGGAAUAUCUGCUCUGUUGAUAUCGGAAGGCUGUUUUACUUCAAUAGCUUUUGCAGAUAUUUUCUCCCAUGAUCUUAUUUGAUGAUGUACAUUUGCUGUGACUCCCCCUCAAAGAAUUGAAAGCAGUGUUUC